AGCAACCUAGCGUAUGUACCUUCUUCACCUCGAGCCUUGCUUAGAUCUGACUCUUUUUAAAAAGAAAGCUUGACCUAUCUCAGCGCGUCUCCAAAUGGUUAUGACUAUCAAAGUUUCCCCCCGAAACUCGACAACGUUGCCGUGACGUGGUAUAAGCGACGAGCAAGAGAGACUACAGCACCUGUUUGCAGGCGCAUCGCGGAAUAAAAAGGAAGAUCGUCAAACUCGACCUCCUUGGUGAUCCAAACAAGCUUUAGCCCACCGGUCGGCCAAGUAUGUUCGCUACGAGAUAACCGACAAAUAUGUUCACCUUCUGCCCUCUUCAGGGCGCAUUAUCCGAGUCGACUGCGUCGCAGUCGCUCCUGGAGCUUGAUGGAGGCGUCAAAGUGCUGAUAGAUGUCGGCUGGGAUGAAACUUUCAAUGUUGAGAAACUACGUGAACUAGAAAAACAAGUCCCGACCCUCUCACUUAUCCUCCUCACCCAUUCGACCGUUCCCCAUCUGGCCGCCUAUGCCCACUGCUGCAAGAACUUCCCGCUCUUCACGCGCAUACCUGUCUAUGCGACACGACCAGUUAUCGACCUGGGCCGAACCUUGACUCAGUCUCUCUACGCCUCGACUCCUCUCGCCGCCACUACUAUAUCAUCCACCUCUCUGGCGGAGAUUUCCUAUUCUUAUUCGCAGACACAAGUCUCGGAUAAUAGGUUUCUGUUGCAAGCACCGACCUCGGAGGAGAUCACUCGAUAUUUCUCCCUGAUACAGCCUCUCAAGUACUCCCAACCCCAUCAGCCUCUACCGUCGCCCUUCUCGCCACCCCUCAACGGUCUUACGAUCACUGCAUAUAACUCUGGGCACACUCUCGGGGGAACUAUCUGGCACAUCCAACACGGCUUGGAAUCCAUCGUCUAUGCGGUGGAUUGGAACCAGGCUCGAGAGAAUGUCUUUGCCGGCGCUGCGUGGCUCGGUGGCGGACACGGCGGCGUAGGCGGCACAGAAGUUAUCGAGCAGCUCCGCAAGCCUACUGCCCUUGUCUGCAGCAGCCGAACACCCGAGACGACCCUGGCGCGCACACGUCGCGAUGAGCAGCUGUUGGAGUCUCUCAAGCUGUGCAUCGGGCGGGGCGGGACAGUGCUCAUACCUGUCGAUUCUAGCGCUCGCGUUCUGGAACUAGCUUAUUUGCUCGAACAUGCUUGGCGGACUGAAGUUGCCAAGGAUAAUGGCAGCUUCAAGACAUCCAAACUCUACCUCGCCGGGCGAAAUAUCAGCAGCACGAUGCGGCUUGCGCGAAGUAUGCUUGAGUGGAUGGACGACGGCAUCGUCAGGGAGUUUGAGGCCGCCGCCGACGUAUCUAGGCGGCCAAAUGGUAAGCCUGACGGCGGAAAAGGCAAGGAAGCGGGACCCUUCGAUUUCAAAUAUCUUCGGCUGUUGGAACGCAAGGCCCAGAUUGAGCGCAUCCUAGGUUCUGAAGCGGAGGAUUCCGAAACCAGGGGUAAAGUCAUCCUGGCAAGUGAUUCGAGUCUAGAGUGGGGAUUCUCCAAGGAUAUCUUGAAGGCUAUCGCAAGCGAUGCGAGAAACUUGGUGAUCCUCACAGAACGACCAAGCCUGAGUGCAGAUGCCGGCCUUUCUAUCGCAAGAACGUUGUGGGAUUGGUGGAAGGAAAGGAGAGACGGGGUUGCGGCAGAACAGACAACCAGUGGGGACACGUUUGAGCAGGUCUACGGUGGCGGAAGGGAGCUCGAGGUUGCGCAUGCGAAGCGCGAGCCCUUGCAAGGAAAUGAACUUAGCGUCUACCAACAAUGGCUGGCUACGCAGAGACAACUGCAAGCAACACUACAAACCGGCGGCGCCACGGCCUUGGAGUCAUCAGCUGAUGCCGUCGACGAUGCCUCGUCUGAGUCGUCCUCGGAUUCGGACGAGUCAGAAACGGAGCAGCAGGGGAAAGCUCUGAACGUCUCCACGACGAUGGGACAGGCAAGCCGAAAGAAAGUCGUCCUUAAAGACGAAGACUUGGGCAUCACAAUCCUACUCAAGAAGAAGGGCGUCUACGACUUUGACGUCCGAGGGAAGAAGGGCAGAGAGCGGAUGUUCCCGGUGGCCGUUCGGAGACGACGAAACGACGAAUUCGGCGAGCUGAUCCGACCGGAAGAUUUCCUGAGAGCCGAAGAAAGAGAGGACGUUGACGGCCACGAGGCAGGAAACGCCGCCAAGGGGGAGCAUGGCGACAACCUUGGCAAGAAGCGCAAAUGGGAUGAUGUCGGUGCACCUGGGAAAGGAGCGACCGGCGCGAACAGGCGCCCACAAUUCACCAGGCAUCUGUCUGCGGACCAUUUGGAAGCGGCGGCGCUACAAGACGGGCCUGGAGGAGAUGAGUUAGACGACCUUGAGGACGAGGAGGAAGCUGUGGCCGGGCCAUCCAAGUUGGCCAUGUCUAAGGAAGCCAUUACCGUCAAUAUGCGCAUUGCUUUCGUCGACUUCAGCGGUCUCCAUGACAAGCGCAGCUUGAGCAUGUUGAUCCCACUCAUUCAGCCACGCAAACUCAUUCUCGUCGCAGGCAACCAGGAAGAGACGUUCAGCCUGGCAGCGGAUUGCAAGAAGCUGCUCAGUGCCCAGCUCGGAAGCACUGCGGAGAAUGCAGUCGACGUCUUCACACCUGAAAUCGGCGUAUCAGUGGACGCGAGCGUGGACACCAAUGCCUGGAUUGUCAAGCUGGCCGACCCACUCGUCAAACGUCUGAAGUGGCAGAACGUGCGCGGCCUCGGAAUUGUGACCAUUACGGGCCUCCUGGUGCGCAGCCAGUCCGAAGGCCAGGACAACGCGGCCGGCGACGAGGAGGGCGCCAACAAGCGCUUGAAAACAGAUACUGCCUCGGUUGACGGCGCAGGGCUCAAAUCAACAGGGGGAUCACUCGUGUCAGCAGCUCCGGUGCCGACACUCGACGUUCUCCCAAUCAACCUUGCAUCAGCCGUCCGCUCGGCGGCACAGCCCCUCCACGUCGGCGACCUAAGGUUGGCGGAUCUGCGACGCGCUAUGCAGAGCUCUGGCCACACGGCCGAGUUUCGGGGCCAAGGCACUCUCCUCGUGGACGGGUCGGUCGUGGUCCGAAAGACGGCCACUGGGCGCAUUGAACUGGAGAGCAUCGGCUUGCCGGUGGGUAGCGGGCCGGCAGCGGCGAUGGGUGGGACUUUCUACGAGGUGAAGAGGAAAAUAUACGAGGGACUUGCGGUUGUUGCUGGGGCAUGACCUCCCCGGCAACAACAAACGGGUUAGUUCAAGAUGAAAUGAACUUGCUUCCGGAUUGUGUUGUAACUCCGGGAAGGGGGAAUGGCCUUGUAUGAAAUUAAAUGUGUACAAAUAUAGUGGUAUAUCUACGAUGGUAAGAGGGAUAUGGUCGGGAUAGAUGGCGGACCAUAGGGCCAGAAUUCGGACAGCGAACGGCGUACAAAUUGAAGUACGGAUUACCAGUACGGAUACCGAUUCCAUAGGCCCUGAUCGACACGAAGGUUGUUAGGUGUGUAAAUGAUCGAAAAGGCGUCAUUUUGUAUUUUAUUUUUCAAAGGCCAAAGAUCGCCCCAACUGCUUCGCGAUUCACCC